AGAUUCUGCAAAAUCGACGCGUGCCACGAUCCCCAAAAAUGUGUUUAGAUCCUUCUCGUGUUUGAAAUGCCGCUGUGAUUUUUGAGAUCGACGUCUUAUUAGGCCAGACUCAAUUGUGAUGGAUUAAUAUGAAAUUAGGCUCGUAGACCGGUCUGUCUGAUUAGCAUCUAUUAGGUAGGGCACAGCUUUGCACUCUUUAGUCAUCAAAUUCCUCUUGUUAAAAUUACUCUCUCUUGCAGAUGAGAAAAUGGUCUCGGUAUGAUCUAAAGAUGAGAUCACUAGAGGAUACACCACGCGUUCUUGUUUCUCAAAAAACCCGAAAAUUUAGGGGCUGCGCAAUAAACGAAAUCAAGGUCAAAAGUUUAGGCUUGUGAGGAUCACGAAGUGGAUUUAGAUCAAGGAUCUGCAAAAUUCAAGAAUCCACAUCUGUCUCAAAGAGAUCUCACCUGUCCGAAACAUGAUGGAUCAAAAGAUAUUCUACUUGUCUAAAUACUCAAGAGCACUUGAAAAGUUUACCAUUGUGGAUAAACUGCUAUUAGUACUAGUACCAUGGUCGCCGUUCUCGUCCCAUGUUUAUUGUCAUUUACAAUAUUUCUAACUUUUUUACAGGGAAAAUAAGGGGAAGACCUCGGAAGUUGUCUUUCGUAGUUUAGGAUUGCUCCAAACCACCUCAUCAUCGAAAAUGACUGCUCGUCUGAAAGCCAACAGAUGGAAGCGCGGCCACGUUUCCGCCGGUCACGGUCGUAUCGGAAAGCACCGCAAGCAUCCGGGUGGUCACGGUAACUAUUCCCCACAUUCUUUAGAUUGCGUCAGAAGAUGAUCUCAAGAACACUUUUUCCUGAAAUCGAAAAUAUCUUCGAUUGUAUAGCCACGCAAACUUUCCACAUCUGCAAAUGAAGACAUUGUUAGAUCACCGCCGUCACUGAGAUGUCACUGUAGAUGGUGCCAUUAAGUGCGCCUGUAGUCAGCUAAACCCGUCUAAGAUUACGUACGUACACACGCCAUAUAUACCAAACAGAACUGCCCACCAACCAUUCUUCUCUCCUCAACUCAGGUAACGCCGGUAUGCAGCACCACCACCGUAUCAACGUCGAUAAGUACCAUCCGGGUCGCCUCGGUAAGGUCGGUAUGCGUCACUUCUGCUGGAGAAAGAACGCUUACGUGUGCCCGAAGAUCAACGUUGAGAAGCUAUGGUCUCUCUUGACCCCGCAGGCUUACGAGUUCUACAAGAAGAAAGAGAGUACUUCAUCUAAAAUCGUUCUCCACAGUCGUAGUUUCUCAGUUUUCGUAACUAAUGUCAGAUUCUAAUAGUCCGUAUGAUAUGCAGAUAUCUCUCGGCAUGCUGUUGAACUUGAAUUUAGAAAACGAAAGUAGGUACAUGUCAUUCUCUAGUCGACGUCCUUCCAAACUUUCCUUCCAGGUGACAAGGCUCCGGUCAUCGACUGCGUCAAGGCUGGGUUCUUCAAGGUCCUCGGAAAGGGUUCCCUGCCGGAUAUUCCGUGCAUCGUCAAGGCCCGAUUCUUCUCUCGUGAGGCAGAGCAGAAGAUCAACGCCGUCGGCGGUGUGUGCGUCUUGGUCGCCUAAGAUAUCUUUCAUCGCACUUAUUCGGAGUAGAUCUGGAACGAGGAGAGGCCGGAACUACAGAAGAUGCGCACAGGAGACGUACGAUGUUGGAGGCGAACAUAACGAGUGGAACGUGGUGAAAAACAGAGAAAUGUGAAGCGGGGUCUUGAAUUAUACGGAACAAACUGUCAUAUUUCUGAUGUGGGCUCGGUGGGUCUUGUUGAAGGUGAAGAGCAAGCGCAUGUGUAUUGAUUGAUGCCAUAUGUGAUACUGCACCGGAAAUAGCACGACAGAGACAUAUGACAGGAACAAGCUUCGAUGUUUUUUCAGCCCGCUCGCGGGUGGUUGUAGAGUUUGGAAGAGCAAUCCAUGAGAAACUACUACCAAAAAAGACAGCGUCGGGGCUUUACCUCCGUAAGGGGUACAGCGACGCAGAGGACGGUGAGCAACACCGCUCACGCAUGCGUCGACGUUUUUCUGUGCGAUUGCUUCUGAUGUUAGAUGAUGAUCAUCAUCAUUGACUUGCCGGCUAUGCCGAUCUGUU